CGAGUCCAGAGCCGAGUCCUUCCCAGCGAUUCACCAUGUUCGAUGAGCAGUUGUUGCUUCUGCGCGCGCUUCUGGUGCGACAACGCGCCCUGAUCAUGGAGAACAACCAGCUCAUGCAACAGCUGGGGUGGCUGGUGUGUGAGCGGGCCACGCUGCUGCGCCAGGUACGUCUGCCUAACUAUCCGGUGCCGUUCCCGUCAAAGUUUGAUGGCGAGAACUCCCGGCUCCCCGAAUUUUUGGUGCAAACGAUGUCUUACAUGAUUGUGAAUGACGAUUUCUUCUGCAACGACGCCAUGAAAGUGGCGUUCAUGAUCAGCCUCCUCACCGGGGAAGCCGAGGAGUGGGUGGUGCCGUACCUCGAGAUGGAUAACCCCGUCAUCAGUGAUUAUCGGGCCUUUGUUGAAGAGAUGAAGCAGUGUUUUGGCUGGUAUGACAACGAAGAUGAUGAUGACUUUUAAGAGGCUGAUUACUAGGCCCUGAGCCCCCUUAGGCCUAGAGGGGGAGGGCCCUGCAUGGCACCUCCUCCCUACCCCCACCUGCUAUACUCCUAGUGCCUCUGCGCUCCCUUUUGCGUUGCCAUCUUUUUCCCUGCCAGUCACUUGGCUCCUUUGUCCCUUUUAGUGCUUGUCUUUGUUCCAGUUACCUGCUGUAAGUGCUUGAAUUGGGCCUGGGCCUUCCUCUGAAGCUCACAGUGUUCAAUUUUAACCAGUCCAGGUACUCUUCUCCCCCUAAUCUGAACUGUGUUUUGAGCUCCAGCCAUUGUCCAGGACUGUCUUAGAACUGGUCAGACCACCUGCAUUCCUGCUGCUGGCUUCCACUGGAUCGCCAUCCUACAUCUGCCCAGAAAUGUCUGCCUGUCACCUCACCGCCACCACCACCCAUCUCAUCUCAUCUGCAGCCAUCCACAGGAUAAGGACCAAGAAGAAGACGAUGGAGUUGCCUACACCUAUUCAGACUUUGAUUUGGACAGCUCACCAACCCUUGAAGGGGCCAGUCUUAACAGCCUGGUUAGUUCUGCACCUACACCCAGGUUCCUCCUCUACUCUGCCAGAUGGCUGCAGGAGCCUGAUGUGCCUGCUUGACAGUUGAAAUGUUGACAUUUCUUUUUCUCCUAUGCAUCAGUUUUGCACAGCUGUCAUUUUUCUUACCGAAUUGCAGCAGUCUCAGAUGUGGACAUGUGGACAAGUAGUACUAAAAUAAAAACAAGCGAACAGGCAUUUAGCCCAGAUCCUCUCUAGUACCUGGAAAAAGCAAUGGCAUUCUUUUCAAUAAAUAUCAAGCACUGCAAAAUAGAAAGAAAA